CCACACGGAAGACUUAACCCUGUCUUCUAGCAUGGGGACCCUCUGGCAUUUACAAUACACUUUAAUUUUAUUCUGUAUUUCAGUGCUGAAUACUACAGGGAUCAAGCAAAGACCAACUGGUGGCUUGAGAACACGGGAUCCUGAAACAGCUUACCUCACCAGAUGUGAUUUCAACAACAACUCAAGACCAUUUUGUGACUGGACCCAACCUUUCAAUGCCAACCAGGGAACGUGGAUACGAACCAAGCAUGACACUCCGACUGAUGGAACGGGUCCUAAUGGAGACUAUCCUGAUGGAAAAGGCUAUUUCAUCUACCAAGAAGCAAGUAAUCUGAUCCCAUUCGACACUAACAGGCUUGAGAGCCCAGAUACUGUAGUUUCUGAAAAAAUAUGCAUAGAUUUCUGGUACCAUAUGUUUGGGUCAGAAGACAUGAAUGAACUGAGAGUGAUUAUCCAAGACAACACAGGGGAGUCUGUGGUGUGGAGUCGGAAGGGAAACCAGAGUUCCUCGUGGAACUAUGGUGCCAUCACUCAUACUUUUCCAGCACAGAGAAAGAUAAAGGUAAUUUUUGAGGCUGUCCGCGGACUGACAGAGUAUGGGGAUACAGCACUGGACAAUGUGAGAGUAAGGGACGGAUCCUGUGAAGCUGUCCCUACCCCUGUUCCACCAACACCUACACCAACAGAACCUACACCACCUCCAGUGACAGAAGCAAUUUGCAGUAUACAUGGGGAUCCUCACUAUUACACAUUUGACAAGCAACGUCAUGACUUCAUGGGCACCUGCACCUACACCCUCUCCAAGCUGUGCGAGAGAAACAGCUCGCUGCCCUAUUUCAAUGUGGAAGCAGCCAAUGAGCACAGGGGAAGCAACACUCGCGUGUCCUAUGUCCAAUAUGUGGACAUCAAUGUAUAUGGCUACAGGAUCAAUCUGGGUAAAAACAAAGUUGUUAAGGUUGAUGGAGUCAGCCAGGUGCUCCCUCUGACCUUGGUGCAGGGUGUCAGUAUUUCCUUCAGUGGGCAGUAUGUUGUGGUUACUACUGACUUUGGGCUGAAUGUCAAGUUUGAUGGAAAUCACAGAACAGAAAUCACUCUUCCCAGUACCUAUAUGUCUAAAGUCUGUGGAAUAUGUGGAAAUUAUAAUGGGCACAAAGCAGAUGACUUUCUAAACCCAGAUGGAGAGAUGGAAACAAACUCGGCCAGCCUUGGCAACAGUUGGCAGGUUUACAAUGACUCCAGGUGCUUGCCAGAUGAUGGCCAUACUCCAGAUUGCACUGCUGAUGAAAAACAUAUGAUCCAAAGCUAUAAAUACUGUGGUCUGAUCACAGAUCCCAAUGGUCCAUUCCAGAAUUGCCACUCAGUAGUUGAUCCACAAAGUUAUUCUGAAGCCUGCCAGUAUGAUCUCUGUGAACUUCAUUUGAACAACACAGCCCUCUGUCAAAACCUGCAGGCUUAUGCAGAUGUGUGCCAAGCUGCGGGAGUCCAGCUGACACCAUGGAGAAAUGCAACCUUCUGCC